AUGAAGACGACCCGAGCUGCCAAGGCGGCCCUCGCGGCUGGGCUGUCUGCCUCGAUAGUGGCCGCCCAGGGCUGCUCCAACGUCAUCGUCCCCAGUCAUGCUCUCCCAGUUGUCGCCAGCGGGUGGCAAGCACAGCUGGUCGUCGCCGGCCUGGUAAAGCCCCGCAGCAUCCAGUUCGACAGCACUGGCGCAUUGCUCGUCGUCGAGAGCGGCAAGGGCGUCACCCGUCACAGCUUCACCGACAAUGGCGGUACAUGCGUUACUCUGACCAAGUCCACCGUGCUCAUCGACCAGGCGGCGCUCAACCAUGGCCUUGCGCUGUCGGCCGACGGAAAGACACUCUACGCAUCCUCGGUCGACUCCGUCUUCGCCUGGGACUACGACCCGAACGCCGGCUCCGUUGGGGGCAGGCCAGUCGUCGUCGUGAACAACAUGGGCAACAAUGACCUCGUCACGCGGACGCUCCUGAUGUCCAAGAAGCAGACCAACACGCUGCUGGUCUCGCGCGGCAGCUCCGACGGGAACGAGGCCAAAGCCACGGUGCUGUCGAGCGGUCUGUCUCAGAUCCGGGCCUUUGACCUUUCGGCUAGCAAAUCCCGGGUGUACGACUACGACACGGACGGCACGGUGCUCGGGUGGGGUCUGCGCAACUCCGUCGGCGUCGGCGAGCACCCCAUCACCGGGGGCAUCUACGCGGUCGAGAACAGCAUCGACGGCGUGACGCGCGACGGCAAGGACAUCCACGAGAACAACCCGGGCGAGGAGCUCAACUUCUUCGGCUACCUCAACGCCACCAAGGCGAACCAGGGCGGCAACUACGGGUACCCCAAGUGCUUCGCCGUGUGGGACGUGUCCGAGAUCCCCGAGAGCGACGGGCUCGGCGUCGGCAAGCAGUUCGCCAUACAGGAGAACAGCACGCUCACCGACGAGACGUGCGCGUCCGACUACGUCGCGCCCCGCCUGACCUUCCCGGCCCACUACGCCCCCAUCGACAUCAAGUUUGCCGCCGACGGCAAGACUGCCUACGUCACGUUUCGCGGCAGCUUCGACAAGACGCAGCCCGCCGGCUACCGCCUGGCCUCGGUGGCGUUCAACGCCGACACGGGCGAGCCCGUGGCGUCGCCCGACAGCAACGACGCGCUGACCGACAUCCUGACAAACGCCAACCAGACGGACUGCCCCGACAAGUGCUUCCGCCCCGUCGGUCUCGCCUUUGACGCCGCCGGCCGCCUGUGGAUGACGGCCGACUCCACCGGCGAGAUCUACGUGCUGCAGAAGACGUCGUCGUCGCCCACGGCCACGACCGGCGGCACCUUUGUCACGGCCACC